CCCUUCUGGGCGUCGCCAUGCAGACGACGGCCAUGUCGCUGGAUCGCCUCGCCCUCGAACGUAACGAGCUGCCAGCCCCAGCCCCAGCCUCAGUCCCAGUCCAAUCGGAACAGCUGCAGCAGCAGAACAAUCUGUUGGUGGAUGACAUGAAGCUGGCCUCGCUACCCACCGCCGGUGGCGAUACGGACAUGUACAUGCUGGUGCCGGAGUCGGUGGCCAGCCAGCUGGAUGCAGCGGAUCGCAACACAAUUGAGAGCGCAGCCGAAUCCGAUGCGGACGCCGAACUGCCGGGCAGCUCGGACAUGCUCAUGCUGGAGAGCGACGACACGCCGGCCAUGCAGCUCGUGGAGCUGCCCAGCGACAUUACCGUGGCCGAAACGGCAGCAGAAGGCGAGCCAGAAGCAGUGCCCGACACCCAGGCCGAGAUCCACAGCCAGCCGGAGAUGAUCGAAGAGCAUGUGGUGGAGCAUUCGGUGGAGGGAACAGUCGCCAGCAACCAGAAGCUCGGCAGCAGCCAGGAGGCGCAGCUGGAGAACGCCGAGCAGGCCGUGGAAACAGCCACAGAGGCGGCUCCAUCGGCAGCUCCACUCGAGGAGGAAGAGGAGCAGGUGCAGGAGGAGCAGGGCGUGCCCUCCAAUGAUGAACCAGCGGCAGGCGCGGAGGAUGAGGAUGAGCCCAGUACGGCCACGGAGAGUGCUGCUGAAAUCAUUGCCGAAGCCGUUGAAGAAGUGGAAAAGGAACUCGAACAGUCUGCGGAUCCAGAAGCAGCCUCCGUCCCCAGCGAGGAGGAGCCAGAACACCAGCAGCAGAAGCAGCAGGAGGCGGAAAAUUCCCAGCCCGAACAGCAGCAGCCACAGGAGGAUCCCGAAACGCAGCCAGAAGCUGAGCCUGAGUCAGAGGCAGAGCCACAGCCACAGCCAGAGCAGGAAGAAAAGAUUUCUGAGCCUGAACAAGCUCAAGCUGAAUCCGAGCCCCAAGUGGUGCCCCAAGUGGAGCCGCACGUGGAGUCCCAAGCCGUGCCAGAGGAGCAGAAACCCAGUGAGAAUGAGGUGGACACCACAGAAGCAUCCCUGAUGGACAGCAUGGUCAAGGGCAUCGAAGAAGGCCUCACCGCUGCCAUGGACCACCUGGUGCCCGAGGAGAUUGCAGAAGCAACAGAAGACAAACAGACAGAGAAGCAGAAAGAGCAGCAAGAGCAGCAGCAGGAGCAGCAGCAGGAGGAGCAGCACAAGGAAUCACCAGCAGAGCUAGAGGAGCCCGAGGCCGAGACCAGUGAGCCAGUGGCUCAGGAGGUCGAGGAGGAGCAGUCCCCAGCCACAGAAGCGGCACCAAUCAACGAGGAGCUGUCCCUGGGAGCAGCAGCAGCAGCAGUCCAGCCUGAAGAGUUGCAGGAAGCAGAGCAGGAAGCCCAACAGAUUCAGAUUCUAGCUGAUGAGCCAGAAGAGAUUUCCCCCCAGUCUUCAGACGUUGCUGUGCCAGCUGAGGCCGAGACUGAGCAGCCACAGGCAGCAGUGGAGGCAGCCGACGAGGCAGCAAUCGAGCAGGAAGAACAACAGCCAGAGCCUGUGGCGGAGAACGAAACCCAAUCCCCAAUCGAGGCUGACAGGGAGGAGGACCAGAACGAUGCCGAAGGUAACAACCAGGUGGAGCCAGUGGUGGCCCAGCAGGAGCCCGAAAUGGAAUCACAGCCAGAACCAGUGCCAGAGGCUGAGCCAGAAAUGGAAGUCCAGCCAGCAUCCCUCGAAGCGGAAGCCGAAAAGGAACAGACGCCCGUCGAAGUGGCAGUCGAAGCCGAGCCUGUGGCUGUGCCUGUGGCUGUGGUGGAGACCCCCCAACCUGAGCUGACCGCAGAGCCAUCCAUGCUGACCACCAUUAUACCGACAGUGCUGCCACAGUCCCCAGCGAAGCCCCAGUCGGAGCCGGCGAAGGAGACGAUGGCACAGCUGCCCCUUCAGGUGGCCGACAGUGUGCUCAACUAUGUGAAUGCCUCGUUCCUGCUCCAGCAGCAGCAGCCGCAGGCGGAUCUGCCCAGACCGGAGGAGCAGCCCGAGGAGGAAAGCCCCUUCAAUGCCCAUCUGCGACGCUACGAUGGCGCCCAGGUGUGGCGCAUUGUCGUCCAAACGGACAAGGACAAGCGACUGGCAGAUGAGCUGCAAUCCAAAUACGAUGGCCAGCUGUGGAAGGAGGUGAAGCAGGAGGUGGACUAUCUGCUGAAGCCGCAGGUCUUGGCUGCCGCGGAGCGUCAUAUCCGUGCCGCCAAUCUAUCCCGGAUCGUGCUAAUCGACAACCUGCAGCAUGUCAUCGAGGUGGAGAAUCCACCGGCGGAGAAGAUAGCCGAGCUGCAGAACCGCAAGGGACACCGCUUGACGUGGCAGGCCUACCAUCGCCUGGAGGACAUACACGGCUUCAUUGACUACAUGGCAAAGACCUAUCCGGACAUCUGCUCCACCGAGAUCAUCGGCUACUCCGUGGAGAAGCGACCCCUCAAGAUACUCAAAAUCUCCAAUGGAAAUGCACGCAAUCCGGGCGUUUGGAUCGAUGGUGGCAUGCAUGCCAGGGAGUGGAUCAGUCCCGCCACAGUGACGUUCAUUGCCAACCAGCUGGCGGAGGGCUGGGAGGAUCUGCCCGAGCAUAUGCGCAGCAUCAACUGGUACAUCCAUCCGGUGGCGAAUCCCGAUGGCUACGAGUACUCCCACACCACCGAUCGGCUGUGGCGCAAGAAUAUGCGCGCCCAUGGCCGGCAGUGUCCCGGCGUCGAUCUCAAUCGCAAUUUUGGCUACAAGUGGGGCGGCAAGGGCACCUCGGCCAGUCCCUGCUCGCAGACGUAUCGCGGCAGCAAGGCCUUCUCCGAGCCGGAGACCUUCUACAUUUCAAAGUUCAUCAGCGGCUUUCCGCGCGAAACCUUCCAGGCCUACCUCUCCUUCCACAGCUACGGCCAGUAUAUCCUCUAUCCGUGGGGCUACGACUACCAGCUCACCCAGGAUCGAGCCGAUCUGGAUCGUGUGGCGCGCCAGGCAGGCACGAGCAUAACCAAGUCGACGGGCGUCAAGUAUACGGUGGGCUCUUCGGCCACCACACUCUAUCCGGCCGCCGGUGGCUCCGAUGACUGGGCCAAGGGCAUUGCCGGCAUCAAGUAUGCAUACACCAUCGAGAUGGGUGACACUGGACGCUAUGGCUUCGUCCUGCCCGCCCGCUUCAUUCAGUACAAUGGCAAGGAUGGCUACACCUUCGCCGACACCGUCGCCCGCGCCAUAGCCCAGGGGCGUGGCAAGGCGGUGGCCAGGAACAGCAGCAGCGGCAGAGGCAGCAGUCGACGCCGCCACUAGAAUGCAGGCAACAAGUGUGCCUGGGACCUAGU